CAGAAACGGCAGAAAUAAUAGCAGACAGAGAUAGAGGUAGACUUUAAAGCAUAAAACCACAUAAAACUGUCAAAAAUUUGACGUUUUAGAUUUAGCAGUGAAAAUUAUUAUUAAAAUAGCUAUAUUGACAUUCAAUUAAAUUCAGCCGGGAAAAGGCCUAGAGAUUUGUUAAUGCUAGUAACAUUGUGCAAGAAAAUUAUAGUCUUCUCAAACGCCCAAGGUCAUCUGUCAUUGUUUUAUAUUUAGACUAAGAUACCUGUGUGCCUGUUUUGAGAUAAUAACGCUGUUGAUGACCUGAUGAGUAGCUGAUUGAUUAAUGCUCGUGAUUAUAAUAACUUAUCUCUUGCACCACUCUUACACCACUACUUAUCUCUUGCACCACUCAAAUGUAAUAUCAUACUAUAUAAGAACAUGUCAAGUUACAGAAAUAGUCACCAUUUUGUGUAAAAUAGCAUAUAUCACUACAUCAGUAAUUGCUGCCCCAAACCUCAGACAUAAGCAAGACAGUAAAAUAGCACCAUCAUGGCUUCUAGUGAAAUACCAGUGAAUGCAGUUAAAGAAUUUUGGGAAAGUAUUUUUCAGAAAACUAAUCUUACUGAACAGUUGAUGAAUUUAGCUGAAAAUAGUAGUUCAUCAAUGGAUUUCAAAUUUGAACUUUUUGAUUAUGGUAAAGUGCAAAUCACUGCCAAACCUGCUGUGCCAUUGGGAACUAAUUUCAUGAGUGAUGUGUUCAUUACCAGUGCUUACCUUGAAAAUGGAAAACAUCAUGCAGCAUUUGUAAAGGUUCUACCAUCAAAUCCAUCUAGGUUAGCAGCAGGGUUCAUUGGUGGUUCAUAUCACAGGGAAUUUGUUGUUUAUCAACAAUGGAUUCCAGAUUUAAAAGAAAUCAGAUCCUCCAAGAAUCUGACCAACUCAGAUAUACCACUCAAUGUUGCCGAGUCUUAUUUCGUCAACUUUGUUUUGUCCGAGGAUGGCAGUCGUUUAAAGAACGAGACUGUCUUCGUAAUGGAAGAACUGAAAAGCAAAGGCUUCCGAAUGGCGUCCUCCGCCAGAUCAGCUAAUGGAAUUGAUUUAAAUCAUGCUCAGUGCGCAUUGAGAACGUACGCUAAUUAUCAUGCCUUGAGUAUUGCAAAGAUGCGUAGACUCGUGAAAAGCGAUGGGCCAUCUAAUUUUCCUUCGCCGUAUGAAAUUUUCCGGAAGGAUCCUAAUUACAUAAGUCCAGCAACUGUUUAUCGUACUAUAGUAUUGCCGAACUACAUAAAGGUCUUGCGCCAUUUUCGUCAGGAAGAGGUUGCGGAUUGGCUUGAGGGACUGUUGCCUGAACUGGAUAAAAUAUGGAAUUGGGAAUCAUUUUUAGAGAGUGGCGCUUUGACUUGUCUUUUACACGGCGAUUCAUGGAAUAACAAUCUUCUCUUUCGUUAUCUCGACGAAACUAGCGAAAAACCGGAAGAAAUGUUGCUUAUAGACUGGCAAAUUGCGCGUUGCGGACAUCCCUCUCAUGAUCUUGGAUACUUCAUUUUUUCCAGUACAUCAUCGUCGUUCCGAAAACAACAUUUAGAUAAUCUGCUUGACGAAUAUUAUGCUGCCCUUUCCAGUGCUCUAGUCAAACUAGACAUUGACCUGGAAAGUGAAGGUUAUAGUCAGAAACAAUUCAUUCAAGAAACCAAGCAACGCUAUAUUCUGAUGAUGAUGAUUGCCCUCUUCAUUUUACCCAUCCUACUCGACUCCUCCAAAGCAAUAGAUCAUACCUUAAAAAACGAUGAAAAUCUUCAUAAAGAUCUCAUUAAGGAAUUGGAAAAAGAUCAAGCAAAAGAGUUGGAUGAAGAAGGAACCAAAAGCGGUUGGCAAAGUCUGUUUGAAUUUGAUACAGUAAUUGGAAAUCCACUUCUCAGCCAAAGAAUAGUGGAAUUAAUAACGGACGUAAAGGAUAUGGCUUGGAAAGAAUAAGACUGAGUAAGUAGUCCGUGCGAUUCCUCAACUAGACGAUUCGUUUUAAAAUAAAACGCAGUUGUGUAUUCUAAUGUGAUUGUUAUCCAAUUAUUCAGUGAAAUACAAUAGAAUUUAUCAA